UUCCGCCUUGAAGGCAUGCCCUUCCGCAUCUUCGGGGGCUCCAUGCACUAUUUCCGAGUCCCCAAGGAAUACUGGAGAGAUCGCAUGGUUAAGAUGAAGACAUGUGGCUUGAACACCCUCACCACGUAUGUGCCAUGGAACCUUCAUGAAGCAGCGACUGGGAAGUUUGAUUUCAGCGGAAACCUGGAUCUAGAGGCCUUCCUUACCUUGGCAGCUGAAGUUGGACUGUGGGUGAUUCUGCGUCCAGGACCCUAUAUCUGCUCUGAAUGGGAACUUGGUGGUCUUCCCAGCUGGCUACUCCAAGACCCAGAAAUGCAACUGAGAACAACCUACAAGGGCUUCACGGAGGCUGUGGAUGCCUAUUUUGAUCACUUGAUGGCCAGAGUGGUCCCUCUUCAGUACAAGAAAGGAGGCCCCAUCAUCGCGGUGCAGGUGGAGAAUGAAUAUGGUUCCUACGCCAAAGACCCUCAGUACCUGACCUACAUUAAAAUGGCCCUGUUAGACAGAGGGAUUGUGGAACUGUUAAUGACUUCUGACAACAGGGAUGGACUGUCCUCUGGCUACGUGGAAGGAGUUUUGGCCACUGUUAACUUUCAGAAGGAUUCCAGCUUCCUGGACUAUCUGGACACAGUACAGCAAAAUAAGCCGAAGAUGGUGAUGGAGUAUUGGACUGGAUGGUUUGAUAGCUGGGGUGGCCCUCAUAAUAUCUUUGAUGCAGAUGAUAUGGUGAAUUCUGUAGCAGAAGUCCUCAAAACAGGAGCAUCCAUCAAUCUCUACAUGUUCCAUGGGGGCACCAACUUUGGCUUCAUGAAUGGUGCUCUGGAUAGUGAUGAGUACAAGCCAGAUGUCACGAGUUACGACUACGAUGCGGUGCUGACAGAGGCUGGAGACUACACGUCCAAGUUCUUCAAACUCCGUCAACUCUUCACCAAGAUCAUAGGGCAGCCUCUGCCCCUCCCUCCUAUGAUCACAGGCAAAGCAUCAUAUGGCGCAGUCCUGCUGCCGCAGUAUGUCUCUCUCUGGGAGGUGCUGCCAUCUAUUGUAGAGCCCGUUAAGUCAGAGUUCCCGGUUAACAUGGAGAACCUACCAGUGAAUGAUGGCAACGGGCAGGCCUAUGGGUAUACGCUCUACGAGACGGUCAUAUCUGGCGGAGGACAGCUGCAUUCCAGGGACAAUGUCCGGGACCGAGCACAGGUGUUUGUUAACACUGUGUUCGUUGGAUUCCUUGAUUACAACACCGUGGAGCUGUCAAUUCCCGAAGGACAGGGCUUCAGGCAGCUCAGGCUUUUGGUAGAGAACUGCGGGCGUGUCAAUUAUGGACUUAUGCUGAAUGAGCAGCGGAAAGGCUUAAUUGGUGAAGUCUUCCUGAAUAAAACUCCCUUGAGGAACUUCAAGAUUUACAGUCUGGAGAUGAAACCUGGCUUCAUGGAAAGCUUGCGAGGUGUUACUGCUUGGAGCACGAUCCCGGAUUACGCCGUGGGUCCUGCAUUCUUCCGAGGAAACCUGCAAGUGCAAUAUCUGCCUCAGGACACUUUCCUGAAACUUGAGGGUUGGGAAAAAGGAGUUGUGUUUGUCAACGGAGAGAACCUAGGACGCUACUGGAAAAUCGGACCCCAGGAAACACUCUACCUCCCUGCAACUUGGCUGCAGCCUGGGAACAAUGAGAUUAUCGUUUUUGAAGAGCGCACCGCAGGCCGGAUCAUACAAUCUGUAGAUAUGCCUUAUCUAGGAAGGACCCACUAUAUGGACUGA